GAAUUCUGUUUUUCACCUGUGUGCAUACGGGCCUUGAAGGGCUUAUUAUGCUAAGGUUCGUGUGGCAGGCAGGCUGGCAUUCUCGGCUUCCUUGUGGACUCAGGUGAGCUCCCCUGGCCUCACAAAAACAACACGAAAUGAACAAGCAGAUGCUUUACGUCUCCAGUUUCCUGUAAAGUAGCUGGGGCGCACGGGUAGCCCUGGCAGGGCAGCCCUUUCCAGCGUGACAAUUGCUUGGAUUCACGGGGGAAGGGGGAGGCAGGGGGAGCACACACACGAAACAACCGGGUUGGUGAACGCUUUUGCUGUGGCAUGUCAGCUGUUCAUGCCCCAGCUCCUGGACUUGCCAGUGGUCUCGCUUCUUUCUGACUGCUUUCCCCUGAUGUAAGUGGCGUAGCAGUUGUCUGUAACUUGUUCUGGCGAUGAUCGAUGAUCGUGGAGUCGAGCCCACGGGCGUCUUUUUUGUUAGUUUUGUUUUUGUUUUUGUGGUCGCUGCGCGCUGAGCCUGGGGUACCAGGUCAGAUCAGACAGCCAUGUCGAAGCCAGCCCCAGCAGAUCCACGCCUCAGGGCUGGAUUACUUGGGCCUGCCCAUGCCCCGCCCACACAGCGCCCCGCCUGCCCGCGCCACCACCACCCCGCCCGCCCGACGGCGCCUGGCCGCUGCGCCCAGAGCGCCCGCAGCGCUCAGAGAAGGCGCGGGAGCUUGCCUUCGCCGCCCCCAGCCCAGGUUUCGGCUGAGCGGGGCAUGCAGAAACGGGCUACCUGGAUGGCAGGCCCGCGGAAAUUUCUCUGCCACCCAUGUCCGUGCAGCGCCUAGGGCUGAGACCAUCGACGAACGCAGAGAAGCGCGCAGGAUCUGGGUGCCGUGAGGCAUCUGUGGGCUCUGAGAAGCUCUUUACCCCGGCACCUGACAAAGGCCCUGGGGUAGGUGAGAAGACAGAGGCCAAGACAGGGGCAGUGCCCAAGGUGUCAGGCCUGGAGCGCAGCAGCGAGCUCAGCACGGAGUCUUUCCUGCCUGCCACAACACCGGCGCCCUCAGGACCUCCGCCAGGAGCUGGGGCCAGCCCUCUGGUGAAGAGGGAAGCCCCCAUCGUACCUCACCACGUCCCACAGCCACAGCUUACCCCGCAGCAUCGAGGCUCACUCUCGACACACGUGCCUCUGUCCUUGGGCGCCUUCGUGGGCCCUGGCCCUGGCCCUGGCCAGGUGGUGCCCAACAGCCUGCACCUGCACAGCCUCAGCAGGAGCAGCAGCACGGUCAGCGGCACCCCUCUGGGCCUGGCAAAGCACGUGACACUGUCACCACACGGCCCUGGCCCCCACCUGUCUACCUCACACCUGGCGCUCAGGUCCCAGGCGCAGCACCAGCACCACACCGCGGCAAUGUUCGCUGCCCCCCCAACACUGCCCCCGCCCCCGGCGUUACCCGCCAGCAGCCUGGUCAUCCCAGGACACCCCGCCGAUGCCAGCCUGUUGAUCUCAUUCAACCAGCCAAUCAUGUAUUGCCAGCCUCAUUCGGGGAUUCUGAUUGAUCACGAACUGCUCAGGCAAGAGCUGAACACGCGGUUUCUGGUGCAGAACGCGGAGCGGCCUGGCGCCUCCCUGGGCCCGGGAGCUCUGCUGCGGGCCGAGUUCCACCAGCACACGCAUCAGCACACGCACCAGCACACACACCAGCACACACACCAGCACCAACACACAUUCGCCCCCUUCUCGGGGCUGCCCCCGACGCCGCUCAUGCUGCCCACCGCACCCUCGCCGUUUGACAAGUUCUCGCCCAAGCUGGACAGCCCCUACUUCCGACAUUCCAACACUUCAAACUCAAUCGAGAUAACGGGCCGGGCCAGUGCAGUUCACACUUUCCUGCAGAAAGCCCCUGGGGUGUCUGAUCCUUACCGGACAGCAGUCAGGAAACCAGGGAAGUGGUGUGCGGUACACGUGCAGAUCGCCUGGCAGAUCUACCACCAGCAGCAGAAGAUGAAGAUGCAGCUGGACCCCCACAAGCUGGAGGUUGGUACAAAGCUGGACCUGUUCAGCCGGCCCCCCGCCCCAGGCAUGUUCUCUGGGUUCCACUACCCACAGGACUUGGCCCGGCCCCUCUUCUCCAGCACAGGUGCCACUCAUCCAACUGCCAACCCAUUUGGACCCUCAGCUCCUCAUGGCAGCUUCCUGCCCACUGGUCAUUUGACAGACCCCUUCAGCAGAUCCAGCACUUUUGGAGGCCUGGGGAGCCUGGGCAACCACGCUUUUGGAGGCUUGGGCAGCCAUGCACUGACACCAGGGGGCAGCAUCUUUGCACCCAAGGAGGGCACAGCUUUGCUCGGCCUGCCCAGCCCCCAUGAUGCCUGGAACCGACUGCACCGAGUGCCACCUUCCUUUCCCACUCCACCCCCGUGGCCCAAGCCAGUGGAUACGGAGCGCCUCUCAGCCCUGACCAACCAUGACCGAGAGCCUGACAAGGGCCAGGAAGAGCAGGAGCGGGACGUCCUGGAGAAGACGCGCCUCUUGAGCCACGGCCCUGCCGCAGCACCAGUGGGCCAUCCCAUCAGCAACCUCCUGCCGCGGGGCCCCGGAGAGCUUGGCCGUCCUGGGGUCCUCGCAGAGCGUGAGGCCGAGACUCGCGUCAAGGAGAGCCACUCACCCGGCAAAGAGGACGGCGCCAAGCUGGCUGCCCGACCGCCAUCGCCCUACUGCAAGGCAGCCCUCGGCGACUGCCUGCGACUGGCAGGCCUGCUAGGUCGGGAGACGGGGAAGCAGACGCCUGAGCGGCCCCAGGGCGACGUAAAGGUCAAGCAGGAACGCAGGGAAGACGAGAUACCGGAACUCACCGGCGUCGGCGUGCACUCCACAACUGCAAACCUGGGCCUGGGCACCUCGGGCUUCGUGUGGGAUCCGCCGUGCGACACCUACCAGGGCUUGGAACUGCCGCGCCGCCCCUUCCCUGCCCCGACGCCCGCCACGGGCCCCGCUCCCUUUGAACUCUGUGAGCGCGCCUACCGGGACCGCGAGCCCCACGCCUACAGCCCCGAGCGCCUGCGGGAGGUGCGCCGGGAGGAGUUGGAGCGCGCCCGCGGGCCCGACCCGGACGCUGCCCUGCUGCCGGCCAUGCACUACCCGCGCCUGGCCUCCGGCGCGCUGCACGGCGCGCUCCUGGCCCGGACCCCGCCGGCAGCCGCCGCGCUCGGCGCGCCUCCGCCCCUGGUGGCCGCCGGCGGGGUCCCCACGCCACCCGCGCGCCCCAGGACCACGCCGCUGGCGCUGGGGCCUGGCGAGGCGCGCGACUACUCGCCGGCGUGCAACCCGCCCGAGGUGGAGGCGCGGUAGUCCCGGCGGAACGAACUGACUCACUUAAAUUCCUGGCACCUGAGCACAGUUCCCGGGGUCCGGGAGCAGCGCGGCCUGUACCACGCUGCAGCCUGCAUAGUGGAGGACUUUUCGCUUUCCUGGGGGUGACUUCAUUUUCCGAGCUUGCGAUUAGGUCACUGGGAAAAAUUUAGCUUUGUACCUUUCCCCACACACAAGUGACAAACAUUUUUAAUGGUUUUGUAUUUUUCUUAAUUUUAUGCUCUAACGACAUUUUAAAGAACCAAAAAAAAAAAGAAAAAAAAGGAAUUUUUAGUUGGGAUUUGCAGUUUCACUUCUCAGAUCCCAUUUGAGCCCCAGGGUUUGUUAUUUAUGGAAAGAAAUGGUCUUUCUGUCCAGCGCACUGUGAGGCUCUGCACUCAGGCCCGGCUCUGGCCUUCCCUUGGUACUUAGAACCGAAGUUACAGAUAUAUAUUAAAAUAAUAUUAAUAAUAAUGUACAAAACUUUGGGUUUUCUGCCUUAUUCUAUUAUGCAUAGGUGUAAGCGGAUUUCUUUGGUUUGUUUUUUAGGAAAAAAUGUAAAUAUUCUGUUGAUAUAAUUAUAAAACUUAUUAAAUUCUUAACAUGGACAGUCAGUCUUUAACAAGUCUCUAGAACCCCCUCUGGUUAUUUGUGUAUGUGGUCACAAAACCCCACUCGGGCUGUCAGUUGUGAACACACUCAGCUGUUUAACUGCAGCAACUAUCCUUCAACUAUGCAAGCCUCGGAGGCAGGACAGGAUGUUUAGGGGGAGAAGGUAUCUGAGCUUCCUAUCAGAGUGGGUGGACCUCCCUGAGAGCCACACUUUUGGGGUCUGCUUAGACUUACAGUGGGCUUUGGGGCUGGCUGGCUCCAGUCGUAAUGACAAACCGGAGCUGUGUAAGCCAGACAGUCCUACAAGCUCCGGUCUAAAGUUGGUUACAAGAAAAAGGUUAGUUCUCUUCAUCUGUCUGGGUGUCGCCUCCCCUCCACCACCACUAAGCCUCUCACCCCUCCUCUGGCUUUGGUUUCCCAUUCAUGCCCUCUCAAGCUCCCCCAUGUUUUGUCAGCUUGUCCUUUUUGGUUCCCUGACCUGCUUUUGUGCUGAGUCAACAUUCAGCACCACUCUCUGCUGUGUUCAGUUCCUUCCAGCUCAAUGUUUCCACUGUAGACGGUUUCCACUAAAGUCGGUUUUCAUGUCAAUCAGCACAGAGAUAAAUAUAGCCUUGAUUUGGAUGAAA